AUGGAGCUCGAAAACAUUAGAAAUUUGAGGGAGAGAUGCAGCGUGAGGCGGGACAUCGUCAGAGAGUUUCUGGCGGAAUUACUGGGGACAUUCGUAUUGAUACUCUUUGGUUGUGGUUCAGUGGCCCAGACUAUUCUCAGCAGAGAAAAACAAGGAGAAAAUCUCACCAUCCACUUUGGCUUUACUCUAGGGGUGAUGCUGGCCGUGUAUAUGGCGGGAGGAGUGUCAGGUGGACAUGUAAACCCAGCUGUUUCUCUGGCUAUGGUUGUCUUGGGGAAACUCCCAUUAAAGAAAUUUCCUGUCUAUGUCGUAGCCCAAUUUCUAGGUGCCUUUCUGGGGUCUUGUGCUGUCUUCUGUCUGUACUAUGGUGCCUUCGCAAAUUUUGCUGACGGAAAACGGAUUGUAAUUGGUGAAAAUGCCACAGCAGGUAUCUUUGCCUCAUAUCCACGUGAAGAUCUUUCAUUGUUAAAUGGAUUGAUUGAUCAGGUGAUUGGUACAGGUGCCCUGGUCCUUUGUAUUUUAGCUAUUGUAGAUAACAAGAAUAUUGGGGCCCCUAAAGGAAUGGAGCCACUGGUUAUUGGUCUGAGCAUCCUGGCUAUUGGAGUGUCCAUGGCGCUGAACUGUGGCUAUCCCAUCAACCCUGCCAGAGAUUUGGGACCUCGUCUCUUCACUGCUAUGGCAGGAUGGGGACUAGAUGUGUUCAGGGCUGGAAAUUAUUGGUGGUGGGUUCCAGUGGUCGGGCCGAUGAUGGGUGGUGUGGUUGGGGCAGUGAUCUACUUCCUGAUGAUUGAGCUGCACCACCCCGAGCCUGAGAAGAACCUUGAAGAUGACAACAGCAUCAAAGAUAAUGAAUUGAACACCGUAAACUAGGAGAGAGAAAGUAUGGGAUCUUUUCCUUCACCAUAGGCCUCAAAUAAAAAGCACUGCUAUUUCUACGUUUCCUUUUAUUUCUACUUUGCUUUCUGUCUUUUCUACUAGAUCUCUUUUCUGAGUCUUUCGCAAAGUAAUUUCAUGAAACCAAGCAGCUAUGAAAGACAGCAAGCGUUAAUUAUCCAUAAUUCUAGCUUGCUCUUAAAAAGUUUAAUUAUAGAAAAUGUCCAAAGAUCACCAACAACACUUA